CCUGCUGGAACAGAGUCACACAGAGCCCAAGUGACCAAGGGGCAGAGGAAGCUGGGCUGGCAAAGCAGGGAAAAGCCCAGAGCAAAGGAGGGAACAGGAAGAGGGCUUGCUGCUGAAAUGCCUGUCACUCCCAUCUGCCCCAGUUCCUCUCUGUCCCUCCCAGCUGGCCAGUGGGACCUGGCACUCAGCUGCUGGCCCUCAGCAGGGUGUGCUGCUCCAGCUUCCAGCCCAUGGAUGUGUGAACAUGGGGCUGCCUGGUGCACUCCAUCCCUCACCCAGGUUCCCCUGGGGCAGAAACCAACCCACCUGCACUGGAGCCAAGAGUGUGGGGGUCCUCCUCCUGAUGGUGUGCCUUUGGGGUUCAGCGUCCUCAGACUUGGCAGAACUCCGCCUGGUCAGUGACCAUGGCCGCUGUGCUGGGCGAGUGGAGGUGCUCCACAACGGGAUAUGGGGGACAGUGUGUGGUGACAACUGGGAUGCCCAUGAUGGCCAGGUUGUGUGCCGGCAGCUAAGCUGUGGAACGGUGCUGUCGGUGUCACGAGGGGCUCGGCAUGGAGAAGGAACAGGACCAAUCUGGUUGGAUGAUGUCAACUGCACAGGGACAGAAGCUGCCCUUUCCGAAUGCCAGGCCAAGCCGUGGGGACAUCACAAUUGUGUCCAUAUGGAGGAUGCCAGCGUGGAGUGCUCAGAAUCCCACAUCUCCAAGAUCGGUCGGCUCCAGCUGCUCGAUGGCCCCAGUCGCUGUGCAGGAAGAGUGGAGGUCCUCCAUGACCAAAGAUGGGGCACCAUCUGUGAUGAUGGCUGGGACCUCAAUGAUGCUAAUGUGGUGUGCCGGCAACUGGGCUGCGGAACAGCAGUGCUGGCCACUAAAGCGGCUCACUAUGGGAGAGGCCAAGAUACUAUCUGGUUGGAUGAGGUGAACUGCACUGGUACGGAGGAAUCCAUCUUCGACUGCAAGGCAAGUGCAUGGGGAGUCAACAACUGCUACCAUGGAGAGGAUGCUGGAGUGCUAUGCUCAGAUUCAGGGAUUUCUAUUUCAAUGGAACCUCGCCUGGUCAACGGUUCAACUCGCUGCAGAGGCAGGGUUGAGGUCUUUCACAACAACACUUGGGCAGCUUUGUGUGACGAUGGCUGGGGGAUGGCUGAGGCUCAAGUGGUGUGUAGGCAGCUGGGCUGUGGUGAAGCACUGUUGGCUCCUGUUGGUUCUCAUUUUGGUCAAGGAUCCGGACAGAUGUGGCCAGGCAACAUAAACUGCACAGGCUCAGAAAGUGCCCUCUUUACAUGCAAGACAGGCCAAUGGAGCAACAGCACAUGUCAUCCUUGGACAUCAGCUGGUGUGGUGUGUUCAGAGGGUGACCAGAUCCGGCUGGUGAACUACAGGAGCCGCUGUGCUGGCAGGGUUGAAAUCUUACACAACAAGCACUGGGGAACUGUGUGUGACAAGAACUGGGAUUUGCUGGACGCCAAUGUGGUGUGCAGGCAGCUGGGCUGUGGGAGAGCACUGUCAGCCCCUGGACAGGCUCAGUUUGGCCAAGGGUCUGAAAUCGUGUGGCUGGAUGGUGUGAAUUGCACAGGGUUUGAGUACUCACUAUCUGCCUGCUCGGCCAAGCCAUGGGGAAUCACUAAUUGUGACCACUGGGAAGAUGCUGGCGUGGUAUGCUCAGACUCGAUCAUCCCAGAGCCUGCUCAUCUCCGACUGGUGAAUGGCUCACAUCGCUGUGCUGGCCAAGUUGAAGUGUUUCACGAGGAGAUGUGGGGAGCUGUGUGUGACCAUGGCUGGGAUAAAAAGGAUGCCGAGGUUGUGUGCCGUCAGCUGGGCUGUGGGACAGCACUGUCAGCCUCAGGUGAAGCACACUUGGAUGCUGGAUCUCUGCGCGUGUGGUUGGACAAUGUGAGCUGCGACGGAACAGAACCAUCUCUUACGAAAUGCAGAGCGAGCCCAUGGGGAAAGAGCAGCUGCAGCCGUGGAAAGCACGCUAGAGUUGUGUGCUCAGGCUCAGUUGUUUCCAGUUUUGCUCCAAUUCGACUAGUGGACGGCCCAGGUCGCUGUGCUGGGAGACUGGAAGUGUUUCACAAUGGGCAAUGGGGAACGGUGUGUGAUGACAGCUGGGAGUUCUCGGAUGCUGCAGUGGUGUGCCGGCAGCUGGACUGUGGGGCGGUAAUAUCAACUCCACCGAGGGCUUACUUUGGGCAAGGACAGGGACCCAUGUGGCUGGAUGACGUCAACUGCACAGGGACAGAAGCUGCUCUCUCUGAAUGCAAGUUCAAGGGAUGGGGUAUCCACAACUGUUAUCAUCAUGAAGUUGUCAGUGUGGUGUGCUCAGGAUCAGGCAUUUCUGACUUAGCAGAUCUCCGCCUUGUGAAUGGUUCUGAUAAAUGUUCUGGAAGGCUUGAAGUUUUUCAUGACCAGCGCUGGGGAACUGUUUGUGCUGAUGGCUGGGACCUGGCUGAAGCUUAUGUGGUUUGCAGGCAGCUGGGCUGUGGGGCAGCACGUUCUGCCUCAAGCUCUUCCAGAUUUGGGGAAGGACCUCAUCUGACCUGGGUUGAUGCCGUGGAGUGCAUAGGGAUGGAGCGAGCCCUCUUUGAAUGCAAAGUCAAGCUCUGGGGAGCCCAGAGCUGCAAGUCCAAGGGAUAUGCAAGUGUCGUGUGCUCUGAGGCUGUAGAUGCAGACCUGCGGAGCCCAGAAGCCCUACGGCUGGUGAAUGGCCCACACCGCUGCUCUGGACGGGUGGAGGUGUUUCACAGUCAGCAGUGGGGGACGGUGUGCCAUGAUGACUGGGAUCUGAACGAUGCCAAUGUGGUGUGCCGGCAGCUGGACUGUGGGACGGCAGUGUCAGCUCCAAGGAUGUCUUCAUUUGGGCGAGGGUCUGGCCCCAUCUGGCUAGAAGGGGUGAGAUGUCUUGGGACAGAAGCUACCCUCACUGAAUGCCCAGUCAAGCCUAAAGGACUCUAUAGUUGCAGCCAUUUGGAAGAUGCUGGUGUUGUGUGCUCAGGCUCGGGGACUUCCAAUAUUUCCACACUUCGGCUGGUGGAUGGUUUGAGUGAGUGCGCUGGGAGGGUAGAGGUGUUUUACAACAAUGAGUGGGGGACAGUCUGCGAUGACAACUGGGACAUGAAUGACGCGGCGGUGGUGUGUCGGCAGCUGGGAUGUGGGACUGCGCUGUCAGCCCCGGGAUCGGCUCGAUUCGGGUGGGGACACAGCCAGAUCUGGCUGGAUGAAGUACGCUGCACAGGGGAGGAAAAUGAUAUCUCACAGUGCGCAGCUAAGACUUGGGGUGUCCACAAUUGCCAUCAUGGAGAAGAUGCUGGUGUUGUGUGCUCAGGAAACUUGAGCUCAGCUGAUGUACGGCUGGUGAAUGGACCAAGCCGCUGCGCCGGGAGAGUGGAGGUCCUGCACAACGGGCAGUGGGGGACGGUGUGCGAUGAUGGCUGGGACCUGAAUGAUGCCAAGGUGGUGUGCAGGCAAUUGGGCUGUGGAACAGUGAUGUCGGCCCCGGGCAGGGCUUACUUUGGGCAAGGCACUGGGUACAUCUGGCUGGAUGACGUGAGCUGCACUGGGAUCGAGGAUGCACUCCCGCGUUGCCAAGCCCGUCCAUGGGGACAGAAUAACUGCAACCACAGAGAAGAUGCUGGUGUGGUCUGCUUAGUGACAGACACCUCAAAAACCGACUCCCUGCGGCUAGUGAGUGGCCCCAACCGCUGCGCUGGGAGAGUGGAGGUGCUGCAUGAUGGGCAGUGGGGCACGGUGUGCGACGACGGCUGGAACCUCCAGGCUGCCACUGUGGUGUGUCGACAGCUGAACUGCGGCAGGGCUGAGUCAGCCCCCAGCGGCGCUCGCUUUGGGCAAGGCACUGGGCUUAUCUGGCUGGAUGAUGUGAACUGUGCCGGGACUGAAGAUGCUCUUCACCAGUGCCGGGGCCGUCCAUGGGGACAGAAUAACUGCAACCACAGAGAAGAUGCUGGCGUGGUUUGCUCAGACUCACAAUUAGAGAUUACAGCCAAAGUGCGGCUGGUGAAUGGUCCACACCGCUGCGCCGGGAGGUUGGAGGUGUUUCAGAACGAGAGAUGGGGGACCGUGUGUGGCAACGGCUGGGACAUGAAUGACGCCAUAGUGGUGUGCCGGCAGUUGGGCUGUGGCAUUGCUCUCUCGGCUCCUGUCCAGGCUCACUUCGGCCAGGGAUCAGAUCCCAUCUGGAUGAACAGAGUAUCCUGCAUCGGGACAGAAAGUUCCAUUUCAGAAUGCUUGUCGUCUCCAUGGGGAAUCCAACUGUGCACCCACAUGGAUGAUGCCGGUGUGGAAUGCUCAGUGUUGUCAGAUGACACAUCAACUCUUCGCCUGGUGAAUGGCCCUCAUCGCUGUUCUGGUAGAGUCGAGGUGUUUCACAACCAGCAGUGGGGAACUGUUUGCGAUGAUGGCUGGGACAUGAAUGAUGCCAUGGUGGUGUGCAGACAGUUGGGCUGUGGGGAAGCGCUGUCAGCCACAACACAAGCUUCCUUUGGACGAGGGGUGGAUCCCAUCUGGCUGGACAGAGUUGCUUGCACUGGGAGAGAAAAUGCUCUCGUACAGUGCAGGGCCAGACCCUGGGGAGUCAACGUCUGCACACAUGAAGAAGAUGCUGGUGUUGUGUGCUCAGACAAAAAUAACACAGUGGAGGCCGCAGAGAUCCGCCUAGUGAGUGGCCCCAGCCGCUGUGCUGGGAGAGUGGAGGUGCUGCAUAAUGGACAAUGGGGCACGGUGUGCGACGACGGCUGGAACCUCCAGGCUGCCACUGUGGUGUGUCGACAGCUGAACUGCGGCAGGGCUGAGUCAGCCUCCAGGGGGGCUCGCUUUGGGCAAGGCACUGGGCUUAUCUGGCUGGAUGAUGUGAACUGUGCUGGGACUGAAGAUGCUCUUCACCAGUGCCGGGCCCGUCCAUGGGGACAGAAUAACUGCAACCACAGAGAAGAUGCUGGCGUGGUUUGCUCAGAAAACCGCACAUCUCCCCUUGCAGAAGACUCCAACACCACGGAAGAAAUGCAGAUCCGAUUGGUGAAUGGACCGAAUCGCUGUGCUGGCAGAGUGGAGGUGUUUCACAACAGGCAGUGGGGAACAGUGUGUGAUGACAGCUGGAAUUUAAGGAGUGCUAAGGUGGUGUGCCGGCAGCUGGGCUGUGGGACAGCAGCAUCAGCUCCAGGCAAGGCUCACUUCGGAGGAGGGUCUGAUCCCAUCUGGCUGGACGAUGUGGAGUGCAGUGGCACUGAAGCCAGCCUCUCCCAGUGCAGACUGAAUAACUGGGGAAACCAUAACUGCAACCACGAGGAAGAUGCGGCAGUGGUGUGCUCAGGCACCAACCCCUUGCAAGUGCGGCUGCGGGACAGCUCAAGCCCCUGUGCAGGGCGUGUGGAGGUUCGGUACAACUCCACCUGGUACAGCAUCUGCGACAAAAGCUGGAGCUCGUUGGAGGCAGAGGUGGUUUGCAAGCAGCUGGGCUGUGGACCAGCACAGGCUGAAAGCGCAGGAUCCCGGGUCAGCCAGGAUCAAAACUACGUCUUUCUGGAGGGGCUGCAAUGCCGCGGUGGCGAGUCACUCCUCCUGGAGUGUCAGCAGAGCAAGAUUAGCCCAGGGCUGUGCCAGCACCGCGUGGCAGCCAGUGUGGUAUGCACGGAGCCAAGAGGUGAGUGCAUAAAGCCCACCAGCAGAGGGGGGGGGAGAAGCCGAAAGGGUGGAUGCAGCCCUUUCACUUUAAAAGGAGAGGUAUAAAGGUUGUGGCACAUCCUUGUCAGAACAAGCU